CCCUCUUCAAAAGGGUCCUCCGUCCUUUCUCCCCUCGGCUGCUCCCUCGCUGUGCCUUUGUUUCCACGCAAAGUCUCCAGGACUUUUUAAUCUCUCCAUCUUCGCCUUCUUCCACCUCACGACCGCUCCUCUAUGUGCCUGUCUGUGCUGCCCACGCUUUCUUCGUCUUCCGUUCUGAUCCACUCCGCUGGCUGCUCUGCCUAUCCCCGCGCUCUCUCGCUGACGGCUCUCGACUCGGACUCGCUGUCCCUCGAUACGCCCUCCUCGACUGGCUCCCACGCCGUGUCGUCCAACCCCGUCAUCUCCGACACGGUGAUCUGGCUAAGGGUCCAUGGUCCGUCCUGAAGAAGGGCGGACGGUAAAUCGGCGCGAUCCCCGACGGUUUCCUCGGGCUUCCUGGUAGCGUUCCCUGCCGGGUGGGUGACCAUCUCGGAUUGCUUGCCAUACAGAUAGUGUACGUUGGGUGAUAGUCUCAGGGCCCCUUACGCAAGAAGUGGGUGUGGUGUGUCAGGCUUCGAAACCUAAUUUUCUCUCCGUGCGUCCUUAGAUUCACAGAUCGACCUGCCCCUGAGUUGUUGUCGAUGCCUGGGCGCAUCUGACUACCUUUGGCUUACGCAUCGUGCUAC